AUGCCACGACGAUUAAGGGGCACGACGCCAACAGCGUUGUGCCUUGCUGCUUUUUUCUACAUUUGCGUCGCACGCCUGUCCGGCUGGAUUUGGCAGUUGGCAAGCAAUGACCUCAGCGACCCAUCUACGGAUGCCUUCUCGCUGAUGUUUCCCAAGUCGUAUCGUGGCAUCCCUAUCUCGACUGGCACUCGAACCACGAUGCUCAGUUGGAGCAUGAUCUGGCAUGACUGCUCCAUCAUGAUGAUCUUUGCAACCGUCGGAUAUGCCGUGUCCUACUCACAGCAGCGAUGGCUUUGCGUUCCGCAUGUGGUCGAGGAGCAUGUGCCAAAUCCCCCUAGCCCCCAGAGCGGAGCAUUGCUGGCAGCUGGGCUCUAUGGUGCAAACAUCGCCUACAAUGUGAUCAACAAGCGACUGCUCCUUGCACAUCCGCAUCCCCUCCUCAUCACUGGCGUCAACUUGGCCUCAUCGUCUGUUUGCGCCAUCCUGUGCUGGGUCUGCGGGCUGAUACGUUGGCCUGGGCGGAUGAGUCUCGACUUCUACUUGCGCUUGUUUGGGCUCGCCAUUUUCCAUUGGGGAGGGAUGCUCUUUUCCAACGUAUCGGUCUCCGAAGUCCACAUCUCCUUUACUCACACAGUGAAGGCCGCCGAGCCAUUCUUCACCGCUCUUUUCACGGCCCUGCUCAUAGGGACGUGGCCCUCGCUCCGUGCGUGGGCAUCUCUUUUGCUGGUCAUUGCUGGUAUCGUUGUGGCUUCGACGGCGGAGAUUUCGUUCACCUGGACAGGUUUCUGGGCAGCUAUGGUCUCAAACUUCUGCGUCUCGCUCAGGACUGUGCUGACCAAAAAGAGCAUGGACAAUCACAUCAUGGAUCCGCUGAACUUCAUGGCGCACCUUCAGCUGUCUGCCUGCCUAGUUUCCCUGCCAGCUGCUUUGCUCUUCAACGUGCACGCAGUGCGCGAGCUCGCCGAAGAUACCAUGGCUUGGCCACUUGCGGCCACGAUCGGGCCAUUAGUCUGGAUUUUCAACGUGGCUUCCAUCAUCAUCCUGGUCCACACGUCCACAGUGGUGCACUCGAUGGUUCGGUCCAUGCGAAGACCGCUCCUGGUACUAGCAUCGAUCAUCACGUUUGGGACGAGAAUAACUCCCUUGAAUGCGUUUGGGAUCUUGAUUACGCUGCUGGGCGCGCUAUGGUAUCGCUUCGAGAUCGACUUGGGCAACCGAAAGGUCACUUCGGCUCCCCAAGUUCUAGGCCCCCAAGGAAGCCUUGGCUCUGCCAUCUGA